AUGGCGACCCAGGCAGAAAUGCUCUCGCUAGCACAAAAGCUAUCCAUGGAUAUUCCCGAGGAUGAGAUAGCAGACUAUGAAGCUUUUCUGCUACGCACAGAGGAAACAAUAGAAUCUAUCGAAGCGAUGGAAGACUACCAGCCUGAACCCGACACGACCAAGAAUCCCCGGCAGAAUAUCCACUUCCCAAAACAAGAAGACAACCCUCUGGGAGCAUGGGCCUGGCGAUUCGAGCUUUCAUCCGAUUCUCCAACUUCUCAAAUUUUAAAUGGAAAAACAGUCUGUUUGAAAGAUAAUAUCUGCGUCGCGGGCGUGCCAUGUUUACUCGGCACAGACACAUUUCGCGACUGGGUCCCACAUACCGACGCAACCGUCGUAUCGCGCAUCAUCGAUGCUGGCGGGGUAAUCACUGGCAAAGCCGUGUGUGAGAAUUUAUCGCGUGGGGCAGUCAGCGCGACCGCUGCGACAGGGCCAGUGCACAAUCCAUAUGCGCGGGGAUAUUCAGUCGGUGGCAGCAGUUCAGGCACAGCAGCCAUUGUGGCAAGCGGCGCAGCAGACUUGGGCAUUGGAUGCGAUCAAGGCGGUAGUAUACGGAUUCCAGCUGCGUUGACAGGACUGUAUGGAUUUAAGCCGACAACAGGGCUAGUGCCGUAUACUGGUAUCGCGAGCAAUGAUGCUAGCUUGGAUUAUGCUGGGCCGAUCGCAAAUACGGUUUUCGAUACUGCGCUCUUGUUGGAAGCUAUUGCUGGGGCAGAUGGUUUGGAUGAUCGGUCGGGGCCUGGAAUUCAGCCUCCAGGAGACGUUCCUCGUUAUUCAAAUUUGCUGAAACAGGGGGAUUUUGCUCUCCAAGGCCUGCGAAUCGGGGUGUUGAAAGAAGGCAUGCCGAACAAGAUAAAUCCGGAUGUUUUGUCGAAGUUCAGAGAUGCUGUUAAUACCUUUGAGAAAUCAGGAGCUAAGGUACAGGAUAUUAGCAUCCCUCUGCACUCGGAUGCGCAAAAAUUGUAUAGUAUACUCAGCAAGAUGGGAAAUCAUAUGGGAAUGAUGGGCCAGGCAACAGGUCGACGACAGGUGAUGUUGACGGACCUCUUUGAAAAGAAAGGCCUCCCUUAUACACCUGAAGCCGUGAGCAAAAUGAGUGUGAUGUGUAAAGAGGGUCUUCUCAGUGGCGAGUUUGCCUGGAAACAUCACUCAACCGUUUAUCCAAAGACUGUCAACAUAUUGCGCAAGCUGAAGGACAAAUAUGACGAGGCAUUCUCUUCUGUUGAUGUGAUAGUGAUGCCCACCACCCUAUCAUGCGCAAGCCAACUGCCUAGUCCAGACGCAGCACCAAUUGCUCAACUUGGAGCGGCACAGGGAUUGAUAGACAACACAUGUGCCUUCAAUGCUACGGGGCAUCCAGCACUUGCAGUGCCAAUAGGAUUUGUCCCUUCGCAGGAGGAUCCGAAAAUUAUGUUGCCAGCUAGCAUGCAAAUUGUGGGCAAGUGGCACGAUGAAUUGACGAUCUUGCGAGCCGCAUACGCAUGGGAACAAUCCGUCGAGGACGAUUUAGUGAUGUCGAAAAUAGAGAUUCAAAUGAGGGGACCUUGA